CUAAGCCUCUCAACGCCCCCUAAAGGAAAACCCAUAGUAUUGUCCGUUGCAAACAUUCAAGGAAGGAGGGGGUUCUCGUAAUUCUCGCGAGAGCACAUUUUGAAAAGUGGCGCUUUCACCGUUAUUCAAGAUACACGGCUCAAGAUCGAUUUCCUUCAGCAACAUCAACAUGUCUGGAGACGCUGAUAUAGAGAUUGAAGAGGCUUUCCGGCGCGCACAGAAAGCUCAUAAUAACAAGGCAAAACUUGUUGCCAGUUUGAAGACCAGAUACGAUAAGUUGGAAGAGAAGACCGAAUUCCAUGAGGAGUUCAUACGCUGCCUGAAGUAUGCCAUGAUCAUUUACACCCGAGAGCCAGCAGUGGAGAAUGUCAUUGAUUUUGUCACUAAGUUUGCUGCGAGUUUUGAAAUGCCUGUUAAUGAGGAGGCUGAAGAGGAGGAGGAGGAAAAUGAUGACGAUGACAAUGAGUUUUUGAACUUUCUGUUCAACUUCCUGUUGGAGUCUCAUGGUGCGAGCAGCCAUGCAGUGCGGUUUCGUGUUUGUCAGCUGGUGAAUAAGUUGCUGGGCAGUUUGAGUGAGAAUGCUCAGAUCGAUGAUGAUCUGUGUGAUAGGAUCCAUGAAGCCAUGCUGGUCAGAGUCACAGACAAAUACCCUAAUGUCAGGAUUCAGGCAGCACUGGCCAUGGCCAGACUCCAGGAUCCCAAUGACUCCAACUGCCCCACUAUUAAAGCAUAUAUUCUGCUUUUGGAAAAUGACUCGAACCCAGAGGUUCGACGUGCUGUGCUGUCUUGCAUUGCUCCUUCGGCUGCUACGCUUCCUAAAAUCUACAAGCGCACCCGGGACGUCAAAGAGAAAGUCAGGAAACUUGCUUAUCAGGUACUGGCAGAGAAAGUGCACAUUCGAGCUCUGAGCAUCGCUCAGAGAGUGAGUCUAUUGCAUGAAGGCCUCAGUGACUCUGCAGACUCAGUGAAGGAGGUCAUCAAGACCCAUUUGCUGCCUGCUUGGCUUCGCUUGCUGCAGGGAGAUGUUUUGCAGUUGCUGCACAGACUGGAUGUAGAGAACUGUGCAGAAACUGCUGUGACUACCUUACAUGCCAUCUUCUCCAUGGCAACAAGCUCUGAUGAACUCCUGCAGAAUGGUAUUAGGCUGGAUGAGAGGAAACUAAUUACUGUAGACUCCCUAACAUGUGAAAAUGUGUUGUACUGGAGAGCAUUGUGUGAGUUUGUCAAGAGUAGAGGAGAUGAGGGUGAGGAAUUACUGGAGAAGUUACUUCCUGAGGCAGCCAUCUUUGCAGAGUAUCUAUACAGCUAUCUAAAGAGCAUUUCUCAGCUGUCUGAGGAGCAAAGAGCUGAUAUGACACAGCUUGAGAUGGUGAUGACCCAAGAGUUUGUUGGACAGCAGCUGAUUCUGCUAGUCGGGUGUCUGGACACUUCUGAAGAAGGCGGCAGGAAGCGCAUGGUAGCAGUGCUCCAGGAGAUUCUGGUGAUGCCCAACACACCCACGUCUCUGAUUGGUCUGCUGGUGGAGAAACUGAUUGGCAUUCUACGAGAUGACGCACAGAAAAUUCAGAUGGUUGCUGAAAUAAUCUCUGAUGUGAGAGAGCCCAUUUUGCCCAUCUCUGAACCUGUGGAUGAGAAUGAGAAACGCAGAAAACAAGUUAGACUAGCUGAGGUGCGAGUGCAGAUAAUGGAGGCAAAGCAGACUCUAGAAGAGUGCAUCAACUGUCAGGACUUCAGUCGUGCAGCUGAGCUGAAAGACUCCAUCUCUCAGCUGGAAGAGCUCAAGAACCAGCUUGCUCUUGAGGCUUCACAACUUGCUGAAAAUAUCAAGGAGCAGCGUGUGGAGAAGAGUGAUCCAGAGACUUUGUUGAAAUGUCUGACGAUGUGUGCUGAGUUGUUCAAGCAAAUGAACAUCAAGAGAGGAAUCUGCCCUACCAUGAAUGCUCUGAUAGAGUCACUGAUAUUGCCAAGUGUUUCCAACCCUAACCCUGCUGUGCGUAACAUGGCUGUCAUCUGUUUGGGAACUGCCGCUCUCCACAGUAAAGACCUCGCCAACACACACCUUGUGCUGCUCUUGCAGAUCACACAGCUAGACGAGCCUAAAAUCAGGAUCAGUGCUCUCCGAGCUCUCAUUGACCAGCUCCUGCUCAAUGGCCUUAACAUCCUGCAAGACAAGCCUACUCCUAUCUCCCAGGCACUUGACUCACCUGACUCACCAGACAACAGUAACGGACAACCUGACCAACAAACUGAAGAGGAGAGUACCGUCCAGAGCAUUCUGAAGAUGCUUUCAGAAUUCCUUGAUAGUGAGAUCUGUGAGCUCCGCACAGAGACGGCAGAGGGUCUGGCCAAGUUGAUGUACUGUGGGAGAAUCCUAAGUCCAAAGCUGCUGUCCCGUUUGGUGCUAUUGUGGUACAAUCCUGUAACGGAGGAUGACCAAAGACUACGGCAUUGCCUGGGGGUAUUCUUACAGCUAUAUGCCCGGGCCAGCAGAGCAAAUCAAGAGUGUGUGGAGGAGAGUUUUCUGCCAACCAUGAGAACUCUGUUCAAUGCUCCUGUGACCUCUCCAUUGUCUGAGGUAGACACAUCCAAUGUGGCUGAACUGUUUGUUGAACUAACACGACCCAGCGCUCUUGUGCAACCUGCUGCCAUACAGGCUGUGUCUGUGCAUGACUCCCUGGCAGUGCGUGUUUGUAAUGAGAUUUUGAGGGACGUUUCUGCUCCUGAGGUGCGUCUCUACUGUAAAACUCUCAGCUGGCUGGAGAUUAACACUGAACCUGGACCUACCAACAACGAAUUGCAACUACUGUUAAAAGACAUUUUACAGGAAGUGAAAGAUAAGUACUGUACAAGGGUUAUUGAGAAGCUUCGUAACCAACUAAAUGGGGAUCGUUGUUCCAAAUCAGCCAGUAACCAGGACACAACUUUGCUUAACUUGGAUGACAAUACUGGAGAGGUGGUGAACAAAGAUGAGACUAAACCUAAACGUGCAAAAAGAGGCCAGAAAAAAGCUUCCACUGCAAAAAAUGGAAAGAAAACCAGCAAAGCAGAGUUGUCCUCUGAUGAAAGUGAUGAAGAGAAUGUUCCAGAAGUGCCUCUAUCAGUGCGACCAAGUCGCCGUGCCAAGAUGGCUGCUCUGGAUAAAACCAAGCAAGAUCUGACUGCCCUCAUGAACCAGGAGGCAAAUGGUUCAUAGAGUGGAUUACUUGUGAUGAAAGUUGUCCUUCCUAUGGCAUCCUACAGCCACUUCAGAUUUAUCUGAGAAAUUACAUACUGCUAAAUUUUAGUUUACUUUCUCAAUGAAUCUGACUCCUUACACUCUCAACCUGGGUUGAUGUCAAAAUUGUCUUUGUUAGAAUGCUGUCGUACUUCAAGAGGUUGGCCUUGGGAAGGAGUCAUGUUAACAUUUAUUUACUUUAGACUGUUCUUUUAAAAAUGCACACGAGGAAGUGGGCCAAAUACCCUUCUUUUUUUUAAUUUACUAUUUAAAAAAAUUAUAUGAACUAAAUGUUGGAUCAAUUGGUGCAUGUCAAUAACAGCUAAUAUUUUAAAGUUGGCUCACAUUUCCAUAGAAGUUUUACUUAUUUGUAUGCAUUUUUUUUUUUUUUUUAACCUGAAUAAACUGUUUAAAACACAAUUACUCUAAUAUGACAGGAGGACAAAAUCUGUUUGCAAGAGCUUUUAUUGUUCUAGUGAUUGAGACAAUUUCUUUGAAGGCAAGUAUAAAAACACAGAAAAUACAAUGUGUGUACAUAAUUAUGUUUAUGUACAACAUAUAGCACCAGGUAACAAGUUUACAGUGGCCAAAACUUUUAAAUGGCAUAUUUGAACAUAAGACUAUAUACAGAAGGCCUCCUGACAAUUCCCAUAACAAGCCCCAACUCUAGCAUAUGGUUGGCAUAGGUAUAGAUAUAAUGCACCAUUUUAACUUUUGAUGUCUGCACUUUUGCCAUGCCUUUUGAAUGACUCCAGUAGUUUGAAUGGUUACUGAGGCCCUAAAGUAGAUGUUACACAUGCUUGUGCAGAAGCUUCAUGUUGGCACUGGGUAUGUAUAUGGUAUAACUGGAGUGUCUUAUUUCAGCAGUUUCAGAACAAAUGCCUCUAGCUGACAAGUAUCCGAUGCAUCAAUAGAUUAAAUCUUACAGAAUAAACUAGAUGACAGUUUCAAGCUACAUGUAAAAACAAACUAGUUUCUCAAAGUACAAAUCAAAUUAUGCAUCUAAAUACAUCUUAAAUGGUCUCAGUGUAGCACUGACUAAACUUUUAUUGCACAAAUGCAAGCCAGUCUUGUUACAAGGAACUUAAAUUAAUUCAGGUGACUGUCAACAAAACCUUAAACCACAGUGGGGCAACUUCAACCUUUUAUAUACUCAAGGGGCAGGGCAGCAGACUGGAAACAGAUGUAAAACUAGAGCUACCAAAGUAUUUAAAUAAAUAACUAAACAUACAGGCUGUAUAACCAGUUAAAAUGUUCUUGGUAGAGGCCUUAACUAAUGAUAUGGUUACAACAAUGGGUAAUCCAUUUAGGCUGAACUACCAUGCCUUUACCAGUAGAUUUCAGGAGGUAGGUGUCACAUACUGCUAUAGAUCAAAAAUAAAGAUGAAUUUUUUUUUUUUUUUUUUUUUUUUUUACAAAUUGUUUUGUAUUCAAGAAAUGAUAUGUGGAACAUAUUUGCCUCUGGAUGAUCUUAAAAGCUUUUAAUUUAAAAGAAAGAAAAAUAGAAUCUCACAUCUUUCUCAGAGUAAAACAUUACACCAAAAAUACACUGUACAUUAUAACAAUGGUUGUCAGAAAUAAGAAAACAAUGGGUAGCAUUUGGGGUUUGGUAGUGCAACAAGAACAUAAACCUGGAUGUAAAUUAAUGCUUAAAUGAUAUUCCACAACUUGGCAAACAGUCUAAAUUCACAGAAGUUGUAAGAAAGGUUUCCAUAAAUACAGGGUAAAAGGACUCUACAUACACUUUGAGAAAAGAAGUGGAGACUACCAUCAAUUUCAAAUUUCAGAAUGCAUUGUGAAUACAUUUUGAGUGGGCAGUUUGUCACAAGUUUACCAACUUAAUUACAGCACAAGAGAGGAUUCCAUUUGUAUUCCAAACUUAUAUGGAAUACGAUAUCUACAUCAUUAAAAAAAAAAAAAAAAAAAAA